AUGCGACUGAUACCAUUCACGAGCGAUGCGGUACUUAUUUCGACUGUCCUUGCAGGUAUUCGUCGCGCAGGAAACUUUGAGUAUCCGCUUCAUCGUAUCAACAGUACAACAUUACGAUGGCUGACCCAUCAGUUUCUAUUUGUUGGAGAACUGUGUUUGGAUCUAGCGGUUGAAAUUGCUCGC